UCUUGGAAACUCUUGGAAAUGGCUCCCGCCCCGGCACCGGAGGGGGCUGCGCACCCGGGGCGGGCGCUCGCCCCCGCUGGGCUGCUGAGCCGCGCUCGGAUGGAGGGCCCCGAGGCGCUGUCCCUGCGCUCCGCCGUCGGCUCGGGCUGAAAAAGUUUCUCCAUGGUUCCUUUGUGUCGCCCGAGCGCCCGUUCGCCGGCCCCGAGCUGCCCCAGUCUUCCCGGCAGGAGGAGGUGGCGGAGCAGCUAGUGGGCAGCUCGUGCCCUCCCUGCACAGGCCUCUGCCCCAGGGGCUAGCCCCGCACUCCACCCGCUCGCCAUGAUCGCCACGGGCGGCCUGCUGAGGAUUUCCGCCAGAAAGCAGGAUCCCCUGCGCCCCCCGAGCCAGGUCCCCAAGCGCAAGCGGAAAGCCAAGAAGAGGCGCAAGAACGACGUGGUGGUGGUGAAAGGCAAGCUGAAGCUGUGCUCCAUCUCCGGGCUCAUCGCCCUCUGCGGGAUCCUGGUGCUGCUGGUGGGCAUAGCCAUGGCGGUGGUGGGCUACUGGCCCAAGGCCAACGGGGCCAAUAGGGAGGUGGGUAAGCAGCUGCCACCCGCGGGCAGCGGCCACCGCGUCCCCACCAUGACCAACAGCAGCAGCAGUGGCAGCAGAAACCGGUCCAGGAGCCACCCGGGGCCUCGGGAGGCUGUCACCGCCAGUUCCGUGGGCGCGCCCAGGAGCACGCCUCCAGCGCGCUCCCCCGCCCCCUCUUCGUCCUCCUCCACGUCCGUGGGCUUCUUCUUCCGCAUCUUCUCCGGCUACCUGCACUCUGACAAGCUCAAGGUCUUUGGGCCCCUCAUUAUGGGCAUCGGCAUCUUCCUCUUCAUCUGCGCCAACGCGGUGCUCCACGAGAACAGGGACAAGAAGACCAAGAUCAUCAACCUGCGGGACCUUUACUCCACCGUCAUCGACGUGCACAGCCUCCGCGCCAAAGACCUGGCGGCCGCCGCAGCUGCCGCCGCCGCCGCCGCCGCCUCCUCCUCGUCCUCCGCCCCCGCCGCGGCGCCCCCCGGGGCCGCGCCGCUCAACGGCUUCCUCAGCUACGUGCAGUCGCGGGGCCUGGAGCUGAAGCCCGGCGGCUGCGGCGGCGCCGGGGACGCCUUCGGGGCGGCGGCGAUGCUGGUCAGGGGCGCGUGGCCCCACCCCGCGGCGCUGGGCGCGGGCGGGGGCGCCGGGGGGGCGCGAGGCGCCGCGUCCCCGCCCGACCUGGCCGCGUCCCCGCCCGACCUGGCCUCGUCCCCGCGCCGCCCGCGGGAGCCCCCGAGCCUGGCGGAGGCCGUGUACAGCAUCUACCGCGAGCGCUCGGGCGUGGCCGGCCGUCGCCGGGCCGCGGCCGCCAGCAGCAGCAGCAGCCCGGCACCCUGCAGCCCCCCCGAGAGCUGCGGGCGCCAGAGCACCGCCAGCUCCCUCGUGGGCUCCUCGCUGAGCGCCUUCGCGCUGCUGCCCCUGCCGGGGGACCGCAACGGGGACGGGGACGCGGGGGGCGCGCGCCGCGGCUGGCAGCGGCCGCCCGGGGAGCGCGGCUCCCGGGAGAUCCCGCGGGGCGAGCUCGACCUGAGCUUGAGCGACCUCCGCGGAGCCCGGGGCGGCGCGCGCUGGGCGCCCCGCGAGCCGGACGAGCCGGCGGGCGCGGCGGCCGCGCGCACCGCCAGGGGGCAGGGCGGCCGCCUGCCCAGGACCGGCAGGUACGCGGCCCUGCGGCGCCGCAGCACCAGCGGGCUCCCGGACUACCGGGCGCCCCCGUCCCCCGAGCCCCCGCCCGCCUCGCGCAGCGCGGACCUGGACUCGAGCCUCCGGGCGCGCGCUGCCUCGCCCUCGCCCCCCGCCGGGCCGGACUCGCCGAGCUCCCAGUCGGAUGAGCCGUCCGGCAGCAAUAAGGGCUACACCCCCCUGCGGGAGGCCGGCACCUCUCUGGAGUCGGUGGUGGACCCGGUGGCCGGAGAAAGCCCAGACGAGGAGGCCGCCACCAGCCUGGGGGCAGAGCAGAGCCCCCCGGAGGGUCCCAGCCAGGAGCCCCCCGCGGGCGAGCCCCCCCAGCCGGUGCAGAGGCAGUUUACAAACAAGGAGAAACUCCUCAUGAUUUCCCGGUCUCACGCCCCAGGGGUCGAGGACGGAGAACUGGAAAGUACUGGCACGUAGGGAAAGAGGAAGCGAGAAAGUAGGAGAAAUGCCCACUGGAAGCAGUGAA